GAUGCAAAACAUCUGGAAGACAAAAGGACUUGGAGGAGCUUAAACGGAGGCAGCUGUGAGGGAGCGCUGCAGAACCGCCGACGUCUCCACCAUGAAUCCUGCUCUGAUCCUGGUGGCGCUGCCUCUGCUGGCCACGGCGGCCGCUCAGUCCCACGACCACUACGACAUGGACUGGGUCAACAGCUACCGGCAGGGCUUCAACUUCCAGUGUCCCCACGGAGAGGUCCUCGUGGCCAUCAGGAGCUACUUCAGCGAGCGGGACGGCUCGGAUCGCCUGUGGACCUUCGAGUGCCAGCCCACACCUGAGGGUCUGGGGGAGCCCAGCGACUGCUGGUGGGACGACAUCAACCGAGCCGGCAUGGAGUGGACUUCAACUUGCACCCGCAACGGCCUGGUGGCAGGAGUACAGAGCAAGUACUUCGAAUCGGUCCUCGACCGGGAAUGGCAGUUCUACUGCUGCUACUACAAGAAGCGCUGUCCGUACUCCUGCAUGAAGACCACUGAAAUUCCUGAGUACUACAGAGAAGAGGGAGAGCUGGUGGUUCCCAGCUACGGCUACUUCAUCCGCGGAGCCCAGACCACCUUCAGUGGAGUGUUAAGAGAUCGGCAAUGGAAAUACAUCCUGUGCAGAAUGACAGACUUUGACUGUGACUUUGAGAAUUUUUAGAAACACAGGCAAUAAUUCCACCUUUUCGUGCAGUUUCCUAUUUACUCUUGCCUUUAAACAUAAUACUGCCAUCAUGCAAAGCUCAUAUGCUUCAUGUAUUCACUUCAUUACCUGGAUGAACCAGAGGCAUGCCGUGCCUGUAUAACCACUGUUCCAGCCUAGCAUGCACAAUGGCUUCUAUUGUAAAGUUAACUUAAGGUAACCAUAAACACAGCGGCUCCACGGGGCCUUUAAGCUCCACCAGAAACACUUCAGAAAGCUGCUCCCAUUUAUUUGCCAGAGGAACUGAAAGGCAUUUGGCAGCACGUGAAAGCGGUGUUAAAAACUCUGCGAUGCUGUUCACGCUGGUGGAAAACACUGCGUCAGGCUCUGAGUUUCCUCUGCCCAGGUCACGUGACUCUGAAGGCAAAGACGAGGGCUCGGAAAAGGAUGGGUCGAGCUGCAGCGUGACGGAUGGGGUUAUUGUCUUGGAAAGAACACUUGUAACAGUUGUGUCUGUGUUGGAAGUAAUAAAAAAAGCUUAUUUAAA